AUGGCAAAGGCACGUACGAAGAAGCGCACUCAUGUCCGUGCCCAAAAUGCCUCAGCCGCUGCUGCCAAAGGCAGCAGCUCGAACAUGAGCAAAACUCCGAAGUCGAUGGUUAUCCGUAUUGGCGGGUCUCAAGUCGGUGCGAGUGUCAGUCAAUUAGUGAAGGAUGUUCGUUUGAUGAUGGAGCCCGACACUGCUGUGCGACUGAAGGAACGCAAAUCAAACAGACUGAGGGAUUACACCGUCAUGGCGGGUCCUCUCGGUGUCACGCAUCUUAUGCUUUUCUCCAAGUCCGCUACCGGCAACACUAACAUGCGCCUGGCGCUGACGCCGCGCGGCCCAACCCUCCACUUCAAAGUCGAGAACUACUCUCUGUGCCGAGACGUCGAGAGAGCAUUGAAGCGUCCGCGAGGCGGCGGCCAGGACCACAAGACACCGCCCUUGCUGGUGAUGAACAACUUCAACUCCCCGAAUGCAAGCGAGGACGGCAAAGUCCCAAAGCGCCUCGAGACUCUCACAACCACUAUCUUCCAAUCACUUUUCCCGCCGAUCAACCCCCAAGCUACCCCUCUCUCCUCUAUCCGCCGUGUGAUGCUCCUCAACCGAGAACUCAGAUCCGAUGGCCAAGAAGAUGACUCUUACGUCUUGAAUUUGCGACACUACGCCAUUACCACCCGGAAGACCGGCGUUUCAAAACGCAUUCGCCGUCUGGAUCCCAAGGAAGUCCGUAAUAGGGAGAAGCGGGGCGUUGCUGUUCCCAAUCUAGGAAAGUUGGAAGAUGCUGCGGAUUAUCUGUUGGAUCCGUCGGCUGGGGGCUAUACCUCCGCUAGUGAAACCGAACUAGACACCGAUAAUGAGGUUGAGAUCGCCGAGAGCACAACGAAGAAGGUUCUGAACAAGAGGGAGCUGCAACGCAUGAAGGCUGGGGAGAAGGAGAAGGCUGAGAAGAAAUUGAAGGCCGCGCCGGAGGUGGAGAAGCGCGCGGUCAAGCUGGUCGAGUUGGGCCCCCGCUUGAAGCUCCGACUGAUCAAGGUUGAGGAGGGUCUCUGCGAAGGCAAGGUCAUGUGGCACGACUACAUCCAUAAGUCCGAGGAGGAUAUGAAGAAGCUGGACAAGAACUGGGACAAGAGAAAGAAGGAGAAGGAAGAGCGGAAGAGGCAGCAGAAGGAGAACAUCGAGAAGAAGAAGGCAGAGAAGGCCAAGGCCGGGCUGAAGGCAAGGAACGAUGACUUCGAUGAAGAGGGUGCGGAGCAAGAAGGGGAGGAUGAGGACGAAUCCAUGGAGGAAUAG